AUGAGGAAAAGGGAGAGGGAGAAUCCUUGUGGCGUGUGUGGCCACUAUCACAAAUAUGAAGAAGGAGAAGUGUGUUCGAUUUGCGGUCACCGGAUUCCGGUUGGAUCGGAGAAAACAUCGAUACAAGUUAGUGCUUUUCCUUCCGUGAUUCUGCCGGAAUUUCUUUACCUGGGAAGCUACGACAACGCAUCGCGGUCGGAGCUUCUAAAGACUCAGGGGAUUUCUCGUAUCCUGAAUGUGGAGUGGUUUAUAUUGGGAUUUUCAUUACAGCAUACUUCUAAUUUCUUAGCGCCAAUGCAUGGGAAUGAUGAUGCCAGGCCCGGGAAAACGCGUUACAGUCAGGAAAACUUCAGAAACCUUGAUGUUACUGUUCCAUCUUGUCAAAAUCUCUACAAGAACUCAUUUACCUAUCACUGCCUCCCAGAUGACAAAACUUUGCCAUUUGAUGAAGCAAUUCAGUUUCUAGGGCUUGUGCCUGCUCUGAUGACGGUGAUCCUGUUGUUGGAUAGCCUGACAAUGUUUGUAAUGUUGUUGAGGUUGAUAGGAGAGCAAUGUGAAAAGGAUCAGGAGCGUGUUCUGGUUCAUUGCAUGUCAGGAAAGAGUAGGUCUCCAGCUAUUGUGAUUGCAUACUUGAUGAAGUCCAAAGGAUGGAGACUUGCACAGAGUUAUCAGUGGGUAAAGGAACGUAGACCUUCUGUUGAAUUAACUCAAGAUAAAGACACCUCUGGACUUGGGGUGGCCACAGGUGUGUACCAGCAACUUCAAGAUUAUGAGCAGAAAAUCUAUGGACCGAUAGAUAGCGGCGGCUCUCUUCUGCCUAGUUUCUCGCCUGCUGCGCUUCCUUCAAUUAGCUUUGGUUUUCCAAAGAUCCAUGAUCCGAAUCAACUUCCUUCCUUCAGCACUGCCGGAACUCCUUCAAUCUUCACCCGACCCCCCCUAGACAUUGCACCUACAGAGUUUACAUUUGGCGCUGGACCGAUGCAGAAGAAUGUGGCUGGAAGUCCCUUUAAUGCCAACCAACCUAAUCCAAAUGGUACUGAUAUCCAAAUGGAUGGUUCUUGA